AUGCCCGCCCUAGGCCUCCGCCCCCUCCGCCAAGCCCGCGCCCACCUCCCUACCCUUAAACCCCGCGGCCCGCGCUUCUUCUCCAGCGCCCCUCCACCUAGCGCCCCAACCCCAACCCCAACCCCGACCCCGCCGCCCACCUCCUCCGCCGAGGCCAUCGCCUCCAAGCUCCCCAAGCGUCUCCGCCCCUACGCCUCGCGCUUCAUCAACCGGCCCAUCUCACACAUCACCUCCUUCCUCGUGCUGCACGAGCUCACUGCCAUCGUGCCGCUCGGCGGCCUCGUAUGGCUCUUUCACGCGACGAAGUGGACACCGCCAGGGAUGCCCGGCGAGUGGGUUGCGGCGGGGACGGAGAAGUUUGGGAAUUACGUUAGGAAGAAAGGCUGGAAGAGCUUUAAGGGUGACAAGGGCGGGAGACUGCUGUUUGAGGUUGCGACGGCGUGGGCGGUCGUGAAGGCGCUGCUGCCGCUGCGGAUUGGGUUGAGCUUGUGGGCGACGCCGUGGUUUGCGAGAGUAGCUGUGGUGCCAGUGUUGGGGCUGUUUAGGAGAGCAAAGAAGGUCCCGUCGUAG